AUGGAGUCAUUUAGCAGUAGUGACCAUGUGGCAGAGUUUCAUUUGGCUGAAGACUUAAUCAGCGACCUGUGGAUUCACCUUGCCAAAAGUCAGAAGUUUGGUGAAGACCUUGAGACGUUCUCCGCACCAUCUCCAGUAUAUCCUGCCGUCAACUUUCAAGUUCUUAAUGUAGACCACGUGUUUUUGAGGCAGGACAGUCCAGACCCAUCAGGGAACUCUAGCCUAAAGGUUCAGACUCAGACGUUUCUGGUCACUGGUCCAGGUGCUGGGAUCCUCCAGUCAGCUGUCAACGCCUCGUUUGGCCCCCUCAUUGUGGAUGCACCAAUUUCUCCAGACCUGCUCCUCAGUAGGCGCAGGAUCCUGCCAGUCAUCUUGGUCCGCCAGGUUCGUUCCUCGUCUCCUGUUGUCAAGAUCCUUUUCCACAUGCCCACAGAAAGCAACAUCAACGUUGGGAAAGAAAGGAUGGGGUCUGGAGAAAAUAACAUGAAGAAAAAUGGUGGAGCCAAGGCAAAGGAUGGAGCGCAUUGUGUGACUGCCUAUGCCUUCUGGGAGACGAGGGAAGUUCGCGGGGCAUGCCUGGUGUCCCCAGGUGGAUUCUGCAUGGCGCAGCUUAAGCCGGAACCUGCCUGGUUCAGCUCGGCCAGCCGGUCAGGAAGCUCUAGCAGGGAGGCAGGAAAAACAGAAGGAAUUAAGGGGCUUCAGGGGAACCUAGUAGAGGUCUACUUCCAGAGUCGGAGGGACCAGACAGGCCAGUGUACCCCACAGGACAGCCUGCAACGUGUAGGAGUUGGAAGAGAAAGAUACUCUGGAGGAUCAGGGACACCCAUGAGGAGGAUAGGAAGUGUUAAUCUGCUCAGAACUCCACCAGGGAACCCCACCUUCCUUCGGCUGAGGCUGGGAGGUGCUGUGGUGAUCCAGACCUCUUCCAAGCCCCUGAAGACUACUGAUGUGGCAACUUUUUAUAUCUUCCUAGCUAGUACAUCUACACUGGAAAGUUUCACACUCAGGGCGACUGUAAAAAAGGGUCUGUCAUUCAGCGCAGCACGGCCCAGUGACUCAGCGCUGUGGGACAUCCUGGUGGAGCCUGGCAGGGGAGCAACCCCCAACACCGUCUCUGUUGUCUGCCACAGGAAGGUCACUGUCACUGCAAAAAGGGGUCUUCUGGAGGUUUUACAACUUGACUUUAUGCCGAAAGACGUCUCAGAGCAAGCUGAGAGUCAGGUGAUCUCCUGGCGUCUGGAGUUGCCAGGAAACAUCAAGGAUGUGGGCAUAAUGCGGAUCUAUACAACUCAGAGAGAUUACGUGGGGCUGGCGCCAAUGGUCAUGAACACUGAUAUUUUGAAUACUGCUGUGCUGACUGGUAAAAUGGUGUCGGUCCCUGUGAAAACUCUGGCUGUAGAGGCUGAUGGCUCAGUCACUGAUGUGACCAACUACACCAGCUGUAGGUCCACAGAGGAGGAUGUACUCAAGGUGUCAGAGGGCUGUGACUAUGUAUAUGUAAAUGGGAAAGAGACAAGAGGAAAGAACAGGGUGAUGCUCAACUUUACCUAUGGCUUCUUGAGUGCCCAGCUGGAGAUGAGUGUGUGGAUGCCACACUUGCCCUUGCUCAUCGACGUGGCUGACCCUGAGCUCAGUCAGAUCAAAGGCUGGAGGGUUCCUGUUACUACCGGCAACAGGAGGCCUACAUGGGACAGUGAGGAAGAGGAGGAGAUGAGGAAGGGCAGGGGCUGCAUGCUGCAGUACCAGCACUCUACACUCAGGGUGCUCACACCUUUCGUGGCUCAAGCUGGUGCUGAGGCGCUGCCUGACCCACUAACUGGGGCAGAGCCUGUUGAGUACUUCCUGGGUCCUGAUUGGCAGGUGGAUGUGACCAAUCUUGUACGCUAUUCUCUAAAAGUGGCAGACCCUGAUGUAGCUAGGGUGCAGGAUGGGGUGGUGCUACAGGGACGUGCCGUGGGCACUACUACUGUACAGGUGCUGUCUCCUCUGACGUCAUCGGUCCUGGCUGAGAGGGCCAUCAAGGUGGUGGAUGAUAAAGUGAGUGUGACGGAGCUGGGAGUGCAGUUGAUUUCUGGACUCUCUCUGUCCCUGCAGCUCAGCCCCGGGAGCAGUGGGGCCAUUGUUGCCACGGCGACCACACGGGAGAUUAUCACGCAGCUCAAACAGGAAGCAGUGGUUAGCUGCUGGGUUCAAUUCAGCGAUGGCGCGGUCACUCCGCUGGAGCUGUUUGACCGCAGCAUCUACUCUCUGACAGUGUCCACCCCAGAUGAGGGGGUAGCAACGGUACGCCGCACCCCACUGUCCACAUUUGUGGUGGCGCAGGGUGAAGGUGAAGGCCAAGGAGCGGUAGUGAGGGUGGAGCUUAGGAUCUGCGAGGAAUGUCAGAAGUCCAAGAGGAAGAGCAAAUUGGCAGUGGGCACAGGGCUUCUCAGGAUCAACUUCCAGAGUGGCAGCAGAGCUUCAGCGGCAGGAGGAGGAAGUGGGGUUGCCACUGACGGAAGUAAAGAUUACGAUGGUGGUAUGUCAGAAUUGGUGGGAGAGCUUAAAACGACUGUGACAUCUCGACGUGCUGUCACAGAUAUGAAUAAAUGGUUGAUAAGAAACACUGACCAGCAAGUGUCAACCAUGGCAGAAACAACCACAACAUUUCCUACAAGAUAUGUGCAGCCACAUGUUGUGUGGAUUGGAACUACAACCAGGCCUACAAGAGGCAGCACAUACACUCUCACUCCCACAACUGCCACAACAACCAUGAGCACAACAAGCCUAAAUACACCACAGAGCACCACAAAACCUAUAGCAACAACAGUGGGUGCUGUCAUUAAAGGUGAAGGGCAGAGGAGAAGCUAUGGAAACAUGCUCGACAACCCAAAUUCACCCCCUAACAAAGACAUUCCUAAAGCAGAAAUGUCACCUAAGAAGGAGCCUCCCAAACCUAAAACUCCAAAAGUAAUUGAGAGCGACCUCAUACGGACUUUCAGAGCCAUGACAGACUUGGAAAUCGGCAUGUACGCCCUGGUGGGGGUCUCAUGUGUUGCUAUCUUGGCUUUUUUACUCAAUUGUGCUUCGUAUAACCUCUGUUUCCGUAAUCACAAGACGCCCAUACAGGCAGGUCUGCCCCCCAACGGGGACGAGAAGGACCACAAGCAUGACUGGGUGUGGCUGGGUAGCAAUAAUCACAGCACCCCUGCCCCAGGUGCCCCAGCUCACGUGUCUACGCUAAAACGCGAGGUCCAUCGCCCUCUGGAGUCCCGUCGUUCCAUAGACUCCAUGGGCCACCGUAACCUGGAGGGCACCCUGCCCACAGUGAGUGCCCCAGCUGUCCCAGAACGAACUGCCACCCUGGGCCGCAGCAGGACCAGUUCCCAGCAGCAGCAGUUUCAGGGAAAGGCGAUCGACCCCAUGGCGAACCGCUCGGCCACCUUGCUCGCCAGGCCACACCGCAAUGAGCCCCUUCAUUCCCCCACCAGCAAGAGGAACCAGGUCCAGUUCACCACCUUCACCACACUGGACAUCAAGCACUUGGCCGCGCUUAAGAAGAACGGUGUGGACUUAAACUGGGCCAACCAGCAGACACAGCAGCAUCAGGCCCCUGCUGAGCCCCAGACACCUUUACCUGACAUGCCAUGGCCUGUAGUCAAACCUGUAGGAGAGCCCCAGUGAGUUUGUUUGAGUGUGGGUAGGAGAAUGUGUGUGUGUGUGUGUGUGUGUGUGUGUACAAAUAUGAGUGAGUAUGAGAGAGAGACAGAAUGAAAAAGUAUAGAUCCAUAGCAUGUUCUGCUGUAGAAUCUGUAAAAGAAAAGAAGCUGGCUUUCAUUUUUUUUGAUAAAAGAUAAAUCACUUUAAAGGCUGUAUUUAUUGAGAUUACAUAAAGAACAUUUUAUAUGAGUAAACUGCACAGUGAAAGCCUGUAAAUACAGUAUGAAAUGGUAUAUCCACGAAGACCAAUAUAAGAGAUACUGUGUGUAUGUGAGUCCUGUAAAUAUACAUAUAUCUAUACUAUUAACUUAUUUCUACAUUUCUAAUUCAAAACAAAUGAAUUUUCACCUCCUUUUACUUUUGUACAAUUCUGUUGCCCCUAUAGAAAUGGUUCCACAUAUUGCUAGUUGUCAGGGUAAAUGCAGUACGGGAGGGAUUAUUUCUUGUAAGUAAUUCUAUUCUUUUCCAGCCUUUUGUACUUUUUUUUCUAGGAUUCCUCCGGAGAAUACCUGAAGAGUCUGUGCAAUUUGUCAGAGAAUAUGCAACAUUUAUCAAGUUAUUUUGAGCAAUCUGUCACCGCAGUCUUCACUCCGGAUACUUAUUCAAAUUGAAUGCAUACUAUGCAAAUAUAGUCUUUGCAGAGUUUGAUGUGGACAUUGUUUCCGCAUUUUUUAACAAAGCAAAGCAAAGCAAACCUUGGGCUUCAGGCUUCUCCUGGGGGCCUGGUUCUACAAUUUGUAAAAAUGUCUAAUCUUGGUCUCUUGACUCAGAGCAAUACAUAUUCUUCAACUCUAAGAUUUUUCAUGUGUGAAUGAAAACUGAUGAUGCCUUUUCUAUGUAACAACCUUUUAUUUUGAAACCAAAAUGUGAUGUGUAUUUCCUGUGAGAUCCUAUUAAUAAAGAACAAA